AUGGUCUCGAUCAGUAAGACCGAUGAGUUCAAGACAGUGAUCCAAUCCAAGAGGAAAGCAAACGGUCAAACAACUACCCGUCCCGAGCGAACAACCCGCCCACUUAAUUCAAACUCCGAUACUUGGACCAAAGAAGCUCAGCUGGUUACCAACAAUAUUCAAGAGUUAAUUGAUUUUUUGAGUAGCAUAAGACGUGCGUAUCUGGAUCCGAGUCCAUCGGGCACCAGUGGACAGUUCCAAUCAACAAAUUCGAACGAACGAACAGUCGAUCUUUCGAAAGGCUUCCAAGGAUUCUCGAACGUCAGAUGGUUCAGCGAAAAUGAGAAAGACCAGAUCGAUACCUUGGUCGCUGUUGGACUGAAGAAAUCCGUCCAAGGCGUUAGAGCAAUCGAAGCUGCCGAAAAAUCUCGAAAAGCUCAACAAGACAACGAACAAUCCAAUGCUCUGAGUCGCUUUUUGGGGAUCUCUCUCAGCUCACAAUCGAUAGCCAAGGAACAAUUCAACGGUCAUCGAGCAUCAAUCCUAUGGUUUUUGAACCAACGAUUGACCGAUCUUGGCAAAAUGAUCAAAGACCAACAAGAAACUCGAGCUAAGAAGAAAAUGGAAAAAGUGAUGAAGAGCGGCUUGGCACCAGCUAUCUAUGUGCCGAAGUUUGAUCAGCUACUCGACCAAGAAUCGGUGGAUGAGCCAGGGAUUGAGAACGUACUAACGAGUGCACAGAUCCAGCAGUUUGAAAAAGAAUCGUCUGAGGUCUUGAAGGCGACCGAAAACACCUUAAAGUCGAUUAAACAAACCGAAUCAUCGUUAUUGGAGAUCUCCAAUUUGCAGACCGAAUUGGUCUAUCAUCUCACUCAACAGAACGAAAUGAUCGAUCAACUAUGGGAUGACUCAAUCAUCUCCACUGGCAAAAUCAAACAAGGCAACCAGCAACUCUUAAGUGCAAGUGAAUCUAAUAAAGAGAGUCGGAUGUGGCUACUAGUCUUCUUAUUGGGUUCUAGCUUUGCGUUGCUUUUUGUGGAUUACAUGGCUUCUUAA